AUGGAGGCGUUACUCAUAUUUGCGUUCAUUUUGUUCUUCUCGGGAAUGGCUCGAGGAAGGGCUGUUUUUGCUCACUUUAUGGUCAGCAAUACGGAAUUCUACACUGCUUCAGAUUUCGAAUAUGAGAUAUCUCUUGCACAAGAAGCCCAUAUUGACGCCUUUGUGCUCAACAUAGCCUAUGGCGAGAAGACGAAUGAUGUCUCCUUGCCUCCUAUGUUUGAUGCUGCAAGUCGGCGAGGCUUCAAACUUCUCUUCUCAUUCGAUUACGCUGGACAGGGUCCUUGGCCACAGGAUGCUGUGAUCGACCUCCUCGAGGAAUACGCCUCCCGACCUGUUUAUUUCCUACACGGAUCACAACCUCUGGUUUCAACCUUCGAGGGACCUUCCAGCUAUGCUGACUGGCCUGAAAUCAAGAAACGAACCAAUUGUUUCUUUAUCCCCUCCUGGUCUUCAUGGGGAGCCAGGCGGGCAUUGAGGCCAGGCGUUGCCGACGGUCUAUUUAGUUGGGCAGCCUGGCCUGAAGGACCUAAUCCAAUGGAUACUAGUAUUGAUGCUUCGUACAUCGAAUUCCUUGACGGGAAAACGUAUAUGAUGCCUGUCUCUCCCUGGUUCUAUACUAACCUUCCAGGGUACAGCAAAAACUGGCUUUGGAGAGGCGAUGACCUGUGGUAUGACCGGUGGAACCAAGUAUGGACAAUCCGGCCGGAGUAUGUCCAGAUCAUUUCCUGGAAUGACUUUGGGGAGUCCCACUACAUCGGACCGCUCAACGACAAAGCAUAUGUGGCAUUCGGUCCUGAGAAAGGCAAAGCGCCGUUCAACUACGCAGUGAACCGCCCGCAUGAUGGUUGGCGUCGUUUUCUUCCAUACCUCAUCGACACCUACAAGAGUGGAAAGGCCACUGUCUCGGAGGAGUCUCUGGUCUCCUGGUACCGCUUGAGUCCUAGUCGGGCCUGUGCAAGUGGUGGCACUAAGGGCAACACUGGGAGCCAACUGCAGGCAGAAGUUCCACCUGAGACUCUUGCACAGGACAGAGUAUCUUUCUCCGCAAUGCUCACAUCUCCGGCCGAUAUCGAACUUCAGAUCGGUGGAGAAACUACCUCCAACUUCGAGUGGAUCAGCACACCUCCUGGCGGCGUUGGCAUCUACCAUGGCAGUGUUCCUUUCUGGGGUCGAACGGGCACUGUAUCGAUCCGGUUACUCCGCAAUGGCCAGGCCUUUACACGCCUAGAUGGACCGGCCAUUUUAUCAACUUGUCCGCACGGCCUUACGAAUUGGAACCCAUGGGUUGGAACUGCAAUAGCAUCAACCUCUAUCCAGCCCAAAGCGCCACCUCUUUCCUUAGAAGAGCAGGUAUGCGUCAAAGGGUUCGGCGAUGAAGCACACAACCGACUCUGUCUUUUCACUUGUAUGUAUCACUACUGUCCUCUUGGCCCAUGCACUUGUCAACUUCUCGGAGAGCCGCUGCCAGAAGAUAAGAUGCCGGAGCCUACUCAUGGGCCUGGGUACCCAAACCCCGGGCUUGACUGCACAUUUCUGGGUCUGUGCAGCUUUGGCUGUAAUAACGGGGCUUGUCCCGAGAGUACAUGCUCCAGAGAUGAGUCUCUGAAAGACAAGUGCGUCAUACCGCCCGAAGAACCACUUCCCGACGACAGCGGCCAUGGAUAUCUUUGGAUUGGCGAGGAAAUCUGGGACAUGCCGCAGCCCCGGAUAUCAUGUGUACCACCUUGCACCCUCGUGCUUCCGCCUUGGCCUAGCAUGACUUCGACUAUUGACUUCCCGAGGAUCAUGGUCACUCGUGACACUUGGGUAUCGACUAUCACGAGACCGCCGAUUACAGUCACUAAGUGGGCUCUAAGCACCGUUGUGGUGACAACGCCUGUGCCUGCAUCAACCACGACGGACGGCAUCAUCUUGAUCUUCCCACCAAUUCUCAGUUCCACGAAGACGUGGCCACCGAUCACGGUCAGUAACUCCUAG